GUGCGGGGUCUCGGCGUCGGCGGCGCGCGCGCUCCCUCCUCUCGGAGAGAGGGCUGUGGUAAAAGCUGUCCGGAAAAUGGCCGCCGCCGCCGCUGCCGCGCCGAGCGGAGGAGGAGGAGGAGGCGAGGAGGAGAGACUGCUCCAUAAAAAUACAGACUCAGCAGUUCCUGCUUUGAUGUGACAUGUGACUCCCCAGAAUACAUCUUGCUUCUGUAGACCAGCCCCAACAGGAUUCCAUGGUAGCUGGGAUGUUAGGGCUCAGGGAAGAAAAGUCAGAAGACCAGGACCUCCAAGGCCUCAAGGACAAGCCCCUGAAGUUUAAGAAGGUGAAGAAGGACAAGAAGGAAGACAGAGAGGGCAAGCAUGAGGCCCUGCAGCCGCCAGCCCACCACUCUGCCGAGCCCCCGGAAGGCUCCGCCUCAGGUCCAGCCGUCCCAGAGGCUUCUGCCUCGCCCAAACAGCGGCGUUCCAUCAUCCGCGACCGGGGUCCCAUGUAUGACGACCCCACCCUGCCUGAGGGCUGGACCCGCAAGUUGAAGCAAAGAAAGUCCGGCCGCUCUGCUGGGAAGUAUGAUGUAUAUUUGAUCAAUCCCCAGGGGAAAGCUUUCCGCUCUAAAGUGGAGCUGAUUGCAUACUUCGAAAAGGUAGGCGACACCUCCCUGGACCCUAAUGAUUUUGACUUCACGGUAACGGGGAGAGGGAGCCCCUCCCGGCGAGAGCAGAAACCACCUAAGAAGCCCAAAUCUCCCAAAGCUCCAGGAACUGGCAGAGGUCGGGGACGCCCCAAGGGGAGCGGCAGCGCGAGGCCCAAGGCAGCGGCAUCAGAGGGCGUGCAGGUGAAAAGGGUCCUGGAAAAAAGUCCCGGGAAGCUGCUGGUCAAGAUGCCUUUCCAGGCUUCACCGGGCAGCAGGGCCGAAGCAGGGGGCGCCACCACGUCCACCCAGGUCAUGGUGAUCAAACGUCCCGGCCGGAAGCGGAAGGCCGAGGCCGAUCCCCAGGCCAUCCCCAAGAAGCGGGGCCGCAAGCCGGGCAGUGUGGUGGCGGCGGCUGCCGCCGAGGCCAAGAAGAAGGCCGUGAAGGAACCUUCCAUCCGCUCCGUGCAGGAGACCGUGCUGCCCAUCAAGAAGCGCAAGACCCGGGAGACGGUGAGCAUCGAGGUGAAGGAGGUGGUGAAGCCGCUGCUGGUGUCCACUCUGGGCGAGAAGAGCGGCAAGGGACUGAAGACGUGCAAGAGCCCCGGGCGGAAAAGCAAGGAGGGCAGCCCCAAGGGGCGCACAGGCGCCGCCGCCUCGCCCCCCAAGAAGGAGCACCAGCACCAGCACCAGCACUCCGAGCUCUCCCCGGCACCGGCCCCGCUGCUCCCGCCCCCGCCCCCGCCCCCACCCGAGCCACAGAGCUCCGAUGACCCUGCCAGCCCCCCCGAGCCCCAGGACUUGAGCAGCAGCGUGUGCAAGGAGGAGAAGAUGCCGCGGGGGGGCUCGCUGGAGAGCGACGGCUGCCCCCAGGAGCCAGCUAAGACUCAGCCCGCGCUUGCCACCGCUGCCACGGCCGCAGAAAAGUACAAACAGCGAGGGGAGGGAGAGCGCAGAGACAUUGUCUCGUCCUCCAUGCCGAGGCCAAACAGAGAGGAGCCUGUGGACAGCCGGACGCCCGUGACCGAGAGAGUGAGCUGACUUGGCCCAGAGCGGAUUGCGCAGCAAACCACCAGAAUCACGGCAGCUGUUGUCUCUUCUCCUAUGGGUAGGGCUCUGACAAAGCUUCCCGAUUAACUGAAAUAAAAAAGAUUUUUUUUUCUUUCAGUAAACUUAGAGUUUCGUGGCUUCAGCGUGGGAGUAGGUGGAGCAUUGGGGAUGUUUUUCUUACCGACAAGCACAGUCAGGUUGAAGACCUAACCAGGGCCAGAAGUAGCUUUGCACUUUUCUAAACCAGGCUCCUUCAACAAGGCUUGCUGCAGAUACUACUGACCAGACAAGCUGUUGACCAGGCUUCUAGGGUACGCCUGCGCCUUCCCGCCCCCAACUCCCCCGUGGUAGGGACCGAGAGCAGCCUCAGCUCCGCCCUUCUCCGCCCCCCACCUCCCCCACUCCCACCCACCCCGGGACAAGGAGGUGUGAGGCCAGAGAGACCGUGGGCUUCUUUAGAGAAGACCGCCCCGGCCCACGGCAGCCCCAGUCCCCCGGCCGCAAGGACAUUUCCCAGGAUGGGGAAGUCGGCACCUGCCGGCCGGGCUCUGGCCCGGCUAGGAGGAGGCUGUCCUUUGAGCUGCCCAGGGCCAUCCUGGGGUGGCGCUAGCGAGGCGCCCACACUGGGCCCAGGCUGCUGGGCUUCCUGGUGGCCCCAAGCAGUCUGUGGCGGGGGUAGGUAGAGGCACAGCCGUCUGGGUAGGGGCCGGGGGAAGGAGGGGGAGAUGUACUUCCAAAACUUUCCAAUUCUACCCCUUUAGGGACAGCUUAGAACUAUUUGCACUAUUGAGUCUUCAUGUUCCCUCUUGAAAAGCGACCUGCUCCGAGAGCAAAGCGGCUUCAGGGGCCCGUGCCACAACUCCUGGAUCUGCAGACGCUCAGCGCUAGGGUUCCCACGAAGCCCCGAAACUCUAAGUGUUUGCUGCGAUUUUAUAAGGACUUCCUGAUUGCUUUCUCUUCUUUCCUUCCACGUUUGCCUUCCUUCAUUUCAUCCACUCCUUCCCCUAGUGCAGCCACCGUGCCGGCGCCAGUCAGCUCACCAGAACCUUCCCUGCCAGCACCAGCCCCGCCCCACCCCUGUGAGCCCCGAGGCCGCCCCCUUUUGGCAUCGUGCCUCGAACUCUGAAGAGCCAGACAACAGCCCCGCCUUCCCUGCUGGGAAAGCGACCACCCCUCCGCACCCCGCACCCAGGGCCUUUCGGGGACCUUCCACUCCAGAGGCGCGGGCGGGAGAAGCCGCGCCAGCUUUGGGUCGGGACUGCGUGGCCCGGCAAGGGGCUUGGAGCCACCCUGCCCGGCGCCUCCACUAGGCCUGGCGAGCCCCACGUGCCAAGGCCAGAGUACGCUCGGCUCCCUCUUUCCCGAGUCCCUUUCGAAGGGAAGAUGGCCUUGUGCUCGCCGCCUGUGGGGUGGGGCUGGGAUGGCCCCUGUGCCCUUUCCUGGUCUGUGGGCUCAUUGGAGGGAGCGGGGGGCUGGAGACGCGAGCACUGCGGGCUGUUACGGGGUCCCAUCUCUUCAACCUCUGUUCAGGAAGUCCUUAUCUAGCUGCAUAUCUUCAUCAUAUUGGUAUAUCCUUUUCUGUGUUUACAGAGAUGUCUCUUAUAUCUAAAUCUGUCCAACUGAGAAGUACCUUAUCGCAGUAGCAAACGAGACAGCAGUCUCACGCUUCAGAACCCCCUCAGCACGCCCCACGUGAGCUGCUGCCACGGACCGUCAAGUGUGUGUUGUCUUGUGUAUUUCAGUUCUCGUCCCCUGGCUUCCUCACUGCGGUGUAACCCUGAAGGAGUGAAACACCCUAGAAAUGUCUAGACUUUCCUUCCUUGCCAGUCUUUAGUGAUCAGGAACCAUAGUUGACAGUUCCAACCAGUAGCUUAAGAAACAAAAAACCGUGUUUGUCUCUUCCAGAAUGAUUAGAAGCAAGGGAGUUUGCCCCGUUCUGUUGGUAGUUCAUAGCUGGCUUUUCUAGCAUUUUCGUAUCUAUUUCCUUCCGCUGCAAAAGCCCUCCGGCCACCCCCAUUCUGCUGGUGACCCUCCCGGCUUCACUUCUGACUCCUCCCUAGAGAGGGUGGGGGGCUUGACUGAGGGCCGAGUCCUUCCCCGUCCCUCCUCCAAGGACAAAAGGCCCCCGAGGCCCCACAGAGAUGUCUGCUCGGUCACUUGGCUUUCCGCGUGUGACUUGGGGUGUGCAGAGCAAGGCUGCCGGCUCCCCGUCGACUCCGUGUCUCCGGCUCCUGGGAAGAGGAGUGGGCUUUGAGCUCUGCCAGCCUCGCAGCCUCUUGUACGUCGACUGCCAAAGCUGCAGGUGGCACUGAGGCUCCGUAGGGGCAUCUCUGCCUGCCCCUAAUCCUGGCCUUGCCUUGCCCACCUUGAAGCUGGGGGGGGCGAGUUUUCAGGGCUCUGAAGAUGAGCGGCAUUGACCGAGACUUGUGGGGCGACAUCCCAUUCAGCCUUCCCGUCCUCCUCCUCGUGCAGUCGCUACCUCCUCUCAGCACAAUUCCCCCGGCCCCACCUCCUCACGGCCUGGCCCUGCCCGGUGACGGCGCGUCAUUCUGAGAGGGCUUGCCAGCCUUGAUACUGCAGCAAGCUGGGGGCGCUCGGGCCCCACCCGGCUCCCUUCUGCUGGUGUUGUGUCCCCCUGUCCAAAAGCACCACGGCCCCGCCCCCACACACACACACAGCGCCAUCUACUCCAGUCUGUUAGGAGGACCCGCUUGCUUGUCUCCGGCGUCUCUGCCUGGCCCAUCAUCAGGCCGAAGGCAAGAGCCGGACCCCCAGGACAGCAUGCACUUGCGGCCAGCAGCCCAAGCCCAGGUGAGAGCAAAAGGGCCCUCAGCUGCCCUUCAAAGGCACCGUCUCUGUCAGCGCUAGGUUCUGGCUCCCCAGGUCCACGUACCCUGCAGCUGCUCCUUGCAGGUGAGAAGGGAACCCUCGAAGCCACUUGGCAGAAAAUCCUCCUUGGCUCCUGCUCCAAGGGCAGCCGGCUGGGCUUCAGUGCCGUGUGGGUGAAGAAGAGGGGGCCGGGCCCUCCACUGGCUUCCAGAUGCAGGAGCCGAUGCUGGCUGUGGGGAGCCCCCGCUGACCCUCAGGGCCCAGCCACUCCCUGCACUUUGCCCAUCUGGACAGAGCCCACCCCAAGCAGUGAUUUGUAAGGGAAACCCGAGUUCUAAGAGGGCUCUGGCCUGAGGAAAGGGUGAGAGUGACACCCCCACCUCCCAGAAGCACCGUGCUCUGCUCUCUGGGGCACUGAGUGAAGGGCGGCCAGGCCUUUCCCCGCAGGAAGGAGAUGGGCAUUGAAGCUGCAUUCACUGGGGGCGCUUGGAUAUGCCUCCCCCCUUAGCCCCUCUCUUCCCCAUGCCUCGAUGCCACAGCAGCAGGGGAAACUGAGAUAAAAGGCCAAGAGGUUUGCCUCCUGCCCACUGGUCGCCCCACCCCAUAGUCUGUGUGUCCGUGACAGCGCCCCUUUUUGGUGAAGCUGAGAUACCCCGUACCCGCUAGACUACGCACAGCCGGCUCCUUCAUCCUGGGCUUCUGGUUUGCUUUUGAGUUUUGCGGUCCCUUUCAUUUACUGCACCGAUAGACACACGACGCAGUGGAAUUUUGAUAUAUAUAUCUGUAUAUUGCACAAUUAUAAGCUCAUUUGCUUGUGGUUCCACACAACAGACCUGUUAAAACUAUACCUGUUGCUUAAUGACGAUAUUUCUGAUAACCAUAGCAUAGGACAAGGGAAAAUAAAGAAAAAAAGAAAAAAAACCGACAAGUCUGUCUGCUGGUCACUUCUUCUGUCCAAGCAGGUCUGUGGGCUCUCAGUUCCCAGGGGCAGGAGGCUCGAGACAGCUUCAGCUUAGCAGGACGCUCCCGGGCCCACCAAGUCCGGGUGUGGUUGGCACCACCUGGUCCCCUCCCUGUGACCCGGUCAGGGUGACCACGUGGCCCUCCCCGCCGGUAGGGCUCUAGCAGGGAGCUGUGCCAGGGUAAAUGCCCGGGACUCGCCCCCACACCGACUCCCGUGGGCCUCCUCUCCCCCACCCCACCCCCAAGUAACUGCAUUUGCUUUUGUAAUUCUUAAUGAGCAAUAUCUGCUAGAGAGUUCAGCUGUAACACUUCUUUUUGAUCAUUUUUUAGGUAAUUAAAAACACCAAAAAAAAAAAAACCCAGAAACUUGUUCUUCCAAAGCAGAGAGCAUUAUAAUCGCCAGGGCCAAACGCUCCUCCCCCCCUGUGUCAUUGCUUUUUCUGAGGCCUGACUCCAAAAGAGAAUGAUGGGGGCCUUCAAGGUGGGGUCGGGGGGACAGCUGUGCUCAGUAUUAGUGGUGGGUGACCGGGUCCUUUCCCUGCGAACCCGGGGGGUGGGACCCCUAAGGUUUGCCCCCCAACCAGUGUGUCCACAUGUGUGCUUCUGGACUGAGGUUUUGGCUCGCCCGCCCCCCUCAGAGCCCUCUGUGACCUCUAGCCCUGGACAAGCACGCCCCCUUCAGUGUUUUCUGGGGAGCCAGAUGGUGGUGUGAAAGCUCUUCCCUCGUUCCAAGGCCUCCUUUCCGUUUGAUCUGUCCCUGCUUCCAUCAAUGACUGCGUUCCCAAGUCACAGUUGAUGACUCUUUGACCAAAUAUCACCAGGACUGUUACUUACUGUGUGCCCAGUCGUGCUCGCGCUGGGCUUCUGCGUCCCGGGCUGUGUCCCGUGCGUGCUGUGUUUGCUCUGCGCCCGCCCCUUGCCCUUGUCUCUCUGGGGUUUUUCUGUUUGGGUUAGGUUUGGAUUUUAAUUUCUCCUUUUGUGUUCCAAACAUGAGGUUCUUUCUCCUGGUCCUCUUACCUGUGGUGUUGAGGCUUCUAUUUGUGUAAUUUUGGUGGGUGAAAGGGGCUUUUGCUAAGUAAAUCUCUUCUGUGUUUGAACUGAAGUCUGUAUUGUAAUCAUGUUUAAAGUAAUUGUUCCAGAGACAAAUGCUUCAAGACACCUUUUCUUUACAAAUGAAAGCUCAGAGCGAGGGGAUAGUGACGGAGAUGAAAGGGGCUGCGCUUUCCUCUCAAGGGGGGAGUUCCCCGGGCCAACCCUGCCCAGAUUAGCGCCAAGCGCCCCCACCAGGAAGUCAGCCGAGGCCCGUGGACCAAAUAGCUGAUGUGUCGCCAUUUUGGAAGUCAGAGCCAAACCAGGUUUUGUUCCACCCAGUGGAUCCUUUUGCUUUUUCCCCCCUCGAGAUUAUUCCAUUAUUGUUAUGUUCAAGGACAGACAAGGUGACUGUUCUGUGAGGGGAGCCAGGAGCCUCCCUCUGGGGUUCGGGGGGAUGGAGGAGCCGGGCAGCGGGCCACAGCCACAGGUCACAUACGCGUUCCCAGGCCAGUCAGCAGCAGGACUGUCCGGAAUGCCGCCAUCCGGUCCCCUGGCCCACGUGCCGGACAUGCCGUGCCACGCAGGCAGUGACAUGAUGGCGGGAGGCCUUCUCAGUGGACACCCUCGCCCCAAGCAGAGUUGGUGUGAAAAAGCCCUUUUCCCCUUCCCGUGGCCAAGACAGACCCCUGGCAGAGAAGCCCCUGCCCCAGGGGAACCUCGGGCCUGGGGCCCGGGACAGCGGGGCACCCUCCCCAAAAGGCGAGGCCAGUGCUGGUUAGUAGGAGCAGGAAGACCGGGCUGGAGACGUCUCCAAAGCCUCAUUCGCAUUCACCUUCAGUUUUUGUGUUUUGGGACAAUUACUUUAGAAAAUUAGUAGGUCGUUUUAAAAACAAAAAAUAUUGAUUGCUUUUUUGUAGUGUUCAAAAAAGGUUCUUUGUGUAUAGCCAAAUGACUGAAAGCACUGAUAUAUUUAAAAACAAAAGGCAAUUUAUUAAGGAAAUUUGUACCAUUUCAGUAAACCUGUCUGAAUGUACCUGUAUACGUUUCAAAAACACCCCCAAUGAACCCUGUAACCUAUUUAUUAUAUAAAGAGUUUGCCUUAUAAAUUUACAUAAAAAUGUCCGUUUGUGUCUUUUGUUGUAAAACCAAGUGAUUUUUUUCCUAAGGUUCUUUUCCUAUUUGAAAAGAUGGGCAGCACGCAGUUUCCUUUUAUUUUUGUAAGUUUUUAAUACGUGUGAAAGCAAAGAAUACUCCGCAUGCCUUUCUCAGUGACGCGUUUGCACCUUUGUGGGGAAGUACUGUAUCCUGUGCUGUUAGCAUUCUCGAUAAAUCUCUCUGUGAAAGUGA